AGAAAUAAAAUAAAAAAUAAAAUAAAAAUAAAGAAAUAUAAAGAAAUAUCAACGACAACCGAACAGAACAUUUGGAGCACACUGCCUCCUGCCGAUCAUUUUCCAUCGCGACCGUUCUCCUCGCGAUCAUCGCGCAACUUUUAUUUCACCGAGACUUCCGCUCCGCCUUUAAUUAAACCAGGCCGCGGCAAGGCGGCAACGUUUCAUUCCGACGGCCGCUAUGCUCGUAAAUUCCGCCGCGGACGUUCCGGCACCGUUCUCUUUCCGCUGAGACGAGUCUGUGCGAGCGCCUUCGAGGGUGCACGCCGAUCAUCCCCGGUUAGGGGAGCCCGGCGAAGCCAGCCAUCCGCUAAAAUGUCCGGCAGAAGGACACCGGUGGUGUUCGACGACUUUUUUCGCCUGCCGACGACGGUACCUGUCGUCGCGUGAACCCGAGAACGAUUUGCCGGACCCAUCGCCGCCUACGAGUGAUCUAUGUUCGAGCCUGGGAAGACCGAACGAGCCGGAACAUUUCAAAGCCGGAGGAUUAUUUAAAUCUGUCGAGGGGAAGGUGCUUUAUGUCAUUGUCACGGCCAUGCCUCUGCGAUCCGAAGCCUCAUCCUCCUCCAGGGAUACUUUGAACACCGUUACCACCUCGGACGAGCGACGACGGACCGGAAGAUACAUCGCCGGCGGAGCGGUGCUCGCGAUCACCUUGCUGGCGUUGCAUCAUGCGCUGCUACGGGACACGUCGACCAUCGCCGGUGUCUGCGUACCGGCUAUAAUAAUGGUGUCCUACAUUAUCUGGAUUCUGUAUUCCGCCCACCGGGACCGGCGAAAGGCGUCGAGAUUCGCGACCGCGGUCGAGCUCACGGAAGUAAUCAGCAGCGAGUCGAACAGGAGCAAGGAUCGAAUCUCGAAGAGCUCUGCCAGCCAGGACGAGCUGCGGAAGGACUGCCCGAAAUUGUCCUGCGACGCCAGAGAGAAUCCAGCGUUCACCACCAAGGACGAAACGUGAAGUGCCCCCGUUCGAUGGUUGCUCCUUUAUCGGAGCAGCGAGCAGAGACUUCUUAAUUUUGUUGUUGUCUGUAGUUCCUUUUCACGUCUGGCUGACGCGUUUCGAGAUCGUUUCGGACGAUGCGUGAGUCGAGAGAAAAUCGAUGUUUUCCCAGUGCCUGAUAGGACGUACACGGUGUUAGCGCUCUCCUUUUAAUAAAAUUCAGUUACUGUGUUUCGAUGUUUCACGGAAUUGUUUCUUUUUUUUCCUGCAUUUUAGGCCUCGAUUCACAGUCGUUUCAGUCACGUGUCGGAUAUCAAUCCCAAAAAUUCCUACAAUAUUCGGUGUCAUUUCAUCAAUGAGAUCGAAAUUAGAAAGUCAAUAUUUACCGGAGGAAAUGUUACAAAUAAACACGAAUUUCGAAACCUAGUUAAAAAUUAGCGUCGCCCAUCUGGGACCCAUAUGGCACAGAACGUGUUAAAUGUUGUUUUUUUAGAGAGAUCUUGUACAAGUAUGAUUUUAUAAAAUGGCAGAAAAGGUUGAAUUUCAUAAAAUUUUCAAUAAACGAAACUUUGAUUUCCUAG